AUGGAAAACUUUGAACUUCAUGAUUACCAAAAAGAAGCCGCUAAAAAACUAGCUGAUAAACAUUGUAAUUAUCAACCCAUCUUUGAUUUGCAAAUAAAUCAGCCUAUUCCUCUAAUCCAAUCCCUAGUCAGUGUAACUGGAAGCGGAAAAACAGCCAUCCUGGCGCAAACCGGUAAAUAUCAAUCUUUAUUGCCUCCACAAACUCAAAUUAAGCCUUUCUUAGAAAUUGCUUACGAAGAUAUUGCUAAUUUUCAAGUUCCUUUAAUUUAUGUGGAUACAGUACAAAAAUUUAGUGUAGAAAAUAAAGAAAGUCGCAAAAUCUACCAAUUAGAGGCUGAUAAGGGAGAUAAGUCUCAAAAAGCUUUAGAAUUAAAUCCCCAAGGAAUAAUCCUUUCUUCUGGUACCCCUUCUUACCCGGCACGAUUAAAGCCUUACUUAGAAAAACUAGAAAAACAAAGACAUGGGUUAAUUACGGCGGUUUCUUUUCAACGAGUCAAAGCAAGGCAAAUGGUAAAAAGCAAAGUAGUAUUAGGAGGCUAUAACCAUCCGAUGCACGAAGUAAUUAACGAAAUGCUAGGUGAUUGGCAAGAGCUCAGUAAACUAGCAGCUAAAGAAAAUUUACCUAUUCCUAAAAUCAUUUAUGUUUGUAAGACUAAUCUUUUGGAACUAGAAGCUAAAAAGGCUCGACAACGAAAAAGAGAUAAUCCACAAGUUCCUUUCUCCCAACGCCAAGCCCCUCCAAUUUUAAUUUGA